UUAGUAGCCUGGCUAUCUUUUCACACCCUUGUCCAACGGUGCCAUACACAGACGAAUGUGGAAACCUUGGAAUUCUAUGGAACUGUAACGGACAUAACACAGACAGAUUGUCUGAUAAAAUACCACACAAGUUACAAAAACGUUAUGUAACUUUGGAUUUGUCGUUUAAUAGAUUUUCUAUGUUAACAGAAAAGACUUUUGAAAAUAUUGCUGCUUUAUCAGUUGUGUCAUCCAUAAUCCUGAAUCAUAACAAAAUUAUAAAAAUCGAAAAUAAGACCUUCCAUAGACUUUCUGGUUUAUGCAGUCUACAUCUUUCAAAUUGUGAGCUUGAUAAAAAGGGAAUAGAAGUUGAAGCUUUCUCCUAUUUACAUAACCUCAAGAUUCUUCGAAUUGAUCAGAAUUAUUUCCAGUCAGAUGGUUACCCGGAUGUUGCCCUUUCUACAAUUCAGUCAUUAUUGAGUCUUCAUAUCGACAUUUUCAGCGGAUUUUCAUUUACAGCACCAUUUAAAAACUUGACAAACUUAGCUGAAUUAAAGUUUCAUAUUUUAAAUGAUUUUAGUUUGACAAAUACUUCCUUUUUUGGACUUCGGCGCUCCAAAAUUCAUCGGCUUGGGAUGUGUUUUCAUAGUUACGUCUUUUGUGACGUCACUGAAGAUCUGAUUUGUUCCUUUCCAUAUAUAUUUAUGAUUUUCACGAAUUGA